AUGCAUGUUAUCUGCCAUAAUGCUGCGCUGGUGGACGAACAUCUCCCAGACACAGACCAGGGCGUGGGUGGGUCGGCAAGGUUUGCAAUCCCUCCUCCUGCCCGUCCCAUGUCACAGGAACAUGUAGCCUCAGCUCUCAAUGACAAAAUGCAGGCGGCAAGUGAAGAUGCUCCUAUACGUUCAAUGCAGCCGGCAGAAACAGCUGCACUGUUACAAGCCAUGCAGGCUCGGAUCAAUGCGCUUGAAGGGCAGCUGGGGGAGACAAGGAAGAAAUUGGAGGAGACAAGGAAGGGAUUGCAGGAGGCUGAGAGAAGGAGAGUGGCAGAUUCGAGAGAGUUGAGAGGGCGGGUGGAGAAGGGAGAGAAAGAGGUGAUGAAUGUGAAGGCGGAGCUGCUAGUAGUCAAGUGGGAGAUGGAGGGGAGUUUGGAAGCAACCAAGGAAGAGUUGGAGGGCAAACUGGGAGAAUCAAAGGAGGAACAGGAGGGGAAUAUUGUUACAGCCAAGAAGGAGUUGGAAGGGGGGUUGAUAGAAGUCAAGGGGGAGUUGAUAGCGAUGAAAGGGGAACUGGUUACAGUAAAAAGGCAGUUACACGAGGACGGCGCUGAAAAGGUUGGGAAGGAAGGCGUGGAUGUCCAGGUUGAGGUGGCAGUGAGUUGGCGAUCAGCAGCAGCAGAGCAGGGCCAGUCUUCAACUCAUGAAGAGCUUGCUGUAGGAGAGCAACUAAGAAAGAGCCAAGGCGAUGUCAGUUCGGCGUGGCAGAAAAUCCGAGCAGCAGCAACACUGGAUCUCAAGGGUCAAGCGCACCUCUCAGAUGCCCUCCUGGCCCACGUGGCCACCAUGACUCACCUCAAGCACGUGCACAUCGACAUGACAUCAGGGUUCACCUCUCAAGGCAUCAAGUGUCUCUACUCCCUACCACACCUGGAAAGCCUAGAGCUGAAGGGUACCACUGUCACAGCCAGCACCCUGGAGGGCAUUGGGGCGGCUAGCAGCAGUCUGAAGCUUCUCUACCUCAACCAAGCCGCUGUGACUGAUGCGGGCUUGCCCCACCUGACCGCCCUUGCUUUCCUCAAGACUUUGAUUCUUUACAAGUGCGAGGGGGUGACUUGUCCCGGCAUGGUGCUCGUGGGGAGAAUGACAAGCCUUGAGGAGCUGUACCUGUUCGGCAGCGGGGUGAAGAACCACGGGCUUCGGUUCCUGGCACCGUUGACCCGGCUCAAAAUGCUGGUCCUCCCGAGUUCGAUCACGGAUGCUGGUUUGGAGCAUUUGCAGCAGCUCGUUGCAUUGGAGCUGUUGGAUGUAUCCAACUCUGUUGUGAGAAAGAAGGGUGUGAAGCUGCUGAAGGGGCUACCUCGUUUGAAGCAGGUCAGAGCGGGCAGUGCGAGCUUGCAGCUGCUGAGGACGGCUCUUCCUGGAGUGGUAGUGAGCAAGGACCUUCUGCCUGGCACUAUUUCCGGUGAUGUGAGUUAA